ACAACAAGAACGCGAGCUCGCGGACAAAUUUUCUGACUCAAGGAGACUUCCACCUCAUGCGACCCCAGCUUUGCCCUCCUACAAACCGAGGGUACAACACGACCAUGGGAUCAAACUCCAAGAAUCCACCUAGACUUCUUAAGAGUUCAGGUGACUACUCGCCCAGAAAGGACGGUCACCUUCACGCAGACAAAAGUCCAACAUAUCCCUAUGUUCCCUGUUUUUGGGAGCCCUCCACAAUAGGUGAACUACCCGACAUGAACAAACAACCACACCGUACCAUUCUUUCCCAUGCUACUAUCGUCGCUGCUCCUACCACGAGGCUGUUCACUACCAAGUCUGGAUCUAUGGAGAAGAAAUCAAACGAAAGGGACAAGAUUGAAACCGAAGAACUCAUAAGGAACAUACCCUAUUGGCAAAAAGCAAUACAACAACAUAUUACAGCGUUUACAAACCUCAUCUUCACUGAGAUUUCUUAGAUCUCUACUGUCUCUCUCUCUCUCUCUCUCUCUCUCUCUCUCUCUCUAUCUCUAUUGAACCUCCUUCGCUUGAUUUGAAUCAAAGUAAGCUUUUCGA